AUGUGCUCCGGUGGCCGAGUGGUCGAAGGCGUGAGACUUAUGUUCUCAUUCGGGCAACCGAUCACGGGUUCGAAUCCCGUCCGGGGCAAUACCUUUUUGCUUUUGUACUUGAUCUUAUUACGGCAUCGGAACGAUGUCAAUCCAGAUUGGAAAACUCUCCAAUCGCUGGAACACACAACAAUCGCUGUUCUACAAGGAACACACAACAAUCGCUGUUCAAUCGCAGGCAGUGGAGAAGUGUUCAAGAUUAUCCAGGAUGUCACCUCAAAGUCUCUGUCGAAGAUGCCAGUUUUCGAUCCAAAGUAUCCAGCACAUAUUAUAUAUCAAUGUGUCAAAAAAGGGACGCUUUCAUUGUACGUUUUGGCUGGAACAAAGCGAGAAGGCGAAGCUAUCGCGAAAGCUUUAUCUUCUGGAAACGAAGAAGACGUGGAAAGGGUCGCUUCGGAAUGCGGGACAAUUGCUGUGUUAAUGUGGAGACCAGUCUUGGCCGACAAAGCUGUAGUCCGAGCUCUUAUAUAUGAAACUCCUGUUCAGACAGUGACAGUCCUAGAAAAGGUGAAAACUGAAGUUGAAUCGACUCCUGUAAAGUCACAGCGGGUAACUUCUCUUCAACAAUCUGUAAACAACACAAUAGUGCUCUCUGAUUCACCUGUAAACAACACAGUCGUGCUCGAUGAUGAUAGAACCGCGGAAAUCGCCGUGGAUGAUGAUUCUAAAAUCAUCAAAUCGUUUUCGAAAAAUCUUGCUGUCUUGAAUCUGGAUGAUACUGAAGAUGUGUCGGAAACGAUGAAACCUGUCACGACUGCAAAUGAACCACAACUGAAAAGCUGUCAGACUACACCUCAAAAGCUUGAUCUCGAUGAAUCAUCAAUUGAAUACAUCCAGAAACUGAGCAGCGAUUUAGUGGAAGAAGUCAAGCAGGAGGCAGUGAAAACGGUGAAUGUGAGGAAACUUUCCGACGGGCUCCAGACAUUGCAUCUCAGCAACGAUACGAUUGGGAUGAUCAAAGAUCUGGCCAACAUCGCUAUAGAAGAGGCUCUGAAAUCGUUCACUCCAGUUGAACAUCGAGAAGCUGGUCUGAAGUCGAAUACGCUCGGGAUCAUCGACGACAUUGCCACUGAAGCAGUGAACGAUGCAUUGAAGUCGUUCACAAAUACAUCUUGUAGUCCAAAUGCAAUCUCAUCAGAGGAUCAAUCGAAACAAGGAAACGAAAGUCUUCCCGAUGAUUCGAAACUCUCGGGUGAUUGGAGUAUGACUUCAAGUGAUCAGGCAUUUUUUGAGCCUAACAAAACAGUGAAUACACCGCAAAGAAGUGAAGAGCAACGCCAAUGUUCCACUCCUACUCCAGAUAUUGCGAAAGAAGUUCUCCAUAUGCCACCAGGAAGAGGAAAUACGAUCGGACUUAAGAAUGGAAGAUUCGCUCGUCCCUACUACUUCGAUCUGGUGAAGGUACCAGGCGGAGACAAGACUGUGACAGAUGCACACCUCCAAGAGUUUAUGUCGAAGGUCCGAUCGAGAAAAAUGAUAUUGCCAACGGAUAAAGUUUCUGAGGCACAGUUUCAAGCAGUGGUUCGUGCGAAGCAGACGUGGUGUGAAGACUGUCAUCCGUGUACAAUCGUCCCAACACAUGGAACAGAGAUAUUGACGGACUUUCUCGAGAAGAACCAAAAGCAGCUCGCUACGAUUCAUCUCACAUUCGAAACUCCUCUGAAGAGCAUCGAAGGCACCCAAGACGAGAUCAUAAAAAUCUCCUUUGAUCAAAUUCAUUCUAACCUUUCUAGAAUUAUCCUGUAA